UGUGGUUUAUGUGUCUGACAUGACUGAUUUUAGUCUCUUGAAUCAGCAAGAAGUCCCAAAACCCAGACUGCUUCUCAAAGUCCACAGAUUGCCAGAGGUACAUGCACUUCUCUCUGCAAAAAGCUCAGUGAUGCCCUGCUGAGUUGAAGAAGCCGAAGCUCAUGUAGGUCUUUCUGUUAAUGCUGCCCUUUUACAAACCCAGGAGCGAAUAAAUCUUUUAGAGGUUAUACUGUUUGGGGAAUAAUUUGAAGUAGGAGACGACAAAGUAACAGACAAAAUUACUACUUGUAAUUUUGAACUUGUCUUUUUCCUUGAUAGAGAAAGUAUGACAGCAGUAGCAGUGGGUGGAGCUUUUCUCUCUGCGUCCCUUCAGGUGUUGUUUGAUCGGUUGGCUUCUCGGGAGGUCGUUGACUUCAUCCGAACAAGGAAGCUUAAUGAUGGGAUGCUCAAGAAGUUGAAGAUUAAGUUGUUGUCAGCAAAUGCAGUGCUGGAUGAUGCUGAGGAGAAGCAAAUUCGAAACCGAGCGGUGAGGGAGUGGCUUGAUGAACUCAAAGCAACAAUAUAUGAUGCAGAGGACUUGGUGGAUGAGAUCAAUACUGAAGCUUUGAGAUGCAAGCUGGAAGGUGAAUCUGGAAGUGGCUCGAGUCAGGAACUAAACCUUAUCUCAACUAGAUUUGCAGCAUUCAAUGAAAAAGUAGACUACAAGAUGGAGGAGAUCCUUGAUGGGUUGGAAUUUAUUUUGGAACAAAAAGAAUUCUUAGGUCUCAAAAAAGGUAUUCGAAGAAUUAGCAGAUCUCAGAGAUUACCAGCAACUUCUUUGGUAGAAGAAUCUGGUGUCUAUGGCAGAGAUGCUGAUAAAAUUGCUAUAAUUGAGUUAUUACUAUCAGAUGAACACAGAAGCAGUAAGGUUUCUGUGAUUCCUAUAGUGGGCAUGGGUGGCAUUGGCAAGACCACCCUUGCUCAACUAAUUUACAAUGAUGACCAUGUGAAGAAACAUUUUGAGAUCAAAAUAUGGGUUUGUGUGUCAGAUGAAUUUGAUGUUAUUAGAAUAACACGAAUGAUUCUUGAGUCAGUCACUUGUCAAAAAUGUGACAGCAAAGACUUAAAUAAACUUCAAGUUAAAUUAAAGGACAUAUUGACAGGAAAGAAAUUUCUCUUCAUUUUAGAUGAUGUUUGGAAUGAAAAUUACAUGUUCUGGGAUACUUUGAAGAGUUCUUUUGAAUCUGGUGCACAUGGAAGUAAAAUUAUUGUGACAACACGUAGUGAAGAUGUUGCGAAUAUGAUGCAGAAUGUUCCAUAUCAUAACUUACAGACAAUAUCAGAAGAGGAUUGUUGGAAACUGUUUGCAAAACAUGCCUUUGCUAAUAGAGAGUUAAGUUCACAUCCUAAUUUGGAAGGAAUUGGUAGACAGAUUGUUAGGAAGUGUAAAGGUCUUCCUUUAGCUGUGAAAUCGCUUGGUGGUUUAUUGCGCUCUGAAUCACAUCCACAAAAGUGGGAAAAUGUACUAAAGAAUGACAUAUGGGAGUUACCUGAAAAGGAAAAUAACAUUCUUCCAGCUCUAUGGUUGAGCUACUAUAAUCUUCCAUCACAUCUUAAAAGAUGUUUUACCUAUUGCUCAAUUUUCCCUAAAGGUUAUGUUUUUACAAAAGAAAUGUCUAUAUUGUUGUGGAUGUCGGAAAAUCUUUUAGAGCCCCAUAAAAGGAAGACAACAGAAGAAGUUGGGGAGGAGUACUUCACUGAUUUGCUAUCAAGGUCAUUGUUUCAGCGUCAUGAAUAUUUGGGUUUUACCAUGCAUGACCUAGUGAAUGAUUUAGCAAAAUUUGUAUCUGGAGAAUUAUUUUUGAGGUUGGAUGAGAAUUACUCACAUCUGAAGGCAAGAAAAGCUCGUCAUUUGUCGUACAUGAAAAGGAAUAUCCAUAGCAUCAAGAGCUUUGAUGCAUUAUUUGAAAACAAGUAUCUGCGCACGUUCCUACCUUUAGGAGAUUGUCUGUUGGAGUACAUAAAUUUUGAAAAUCCUGAAGUGUUGCAAACAAUGCAAUAUUUAAGAGUGCUCUCUUUAUCUGAAUACUCUAUUACCAAGUUACCUCAUUCUCUUGGCAACUUAAAGCAUCUAAGGUACUUGGAUUUGUCUUCAACUGAUGUUAAAGAGAUACCUUAUAGUGUCUGUACUUUGUACAAUUUGCAGACACUAUUGUUAGAAUCUUGUAGAAAUCUUACUGAAUUGCCCGAUUCAAUUGGAAAUUUGAAGCAUUUAAGGUACUUGGAUUUAUCAUGGACUCAUAUUAAAGAGAUACCUGAUGCAAUAUGUAGUCUAUACAAUUUGCAUACGUUAUUGCUGUCCUUUUGUGCAUACAUUACUUGGUUACCUGCCAAUGUGGUAAACCUAAUCAACUUGCGGCAUCUAGUUAUUGAGGGUACAAGUUUGAAAGAAAUGCCAAUGCAAAUGUCCAAGCUGAAAGAUUUGCAAACACUAAGUGAUUUUAUUGUAGGCAAAGAAAGCGGAUGUAAUAUUAAAGAGUUAAAAGACUUGCAGGAUUUACGUGGAAGUUUGUGUAUUUCAAGGCUUCAAAAUGUUGUAAAUGUUGAAGAUGUUUCCAAGGCCAGUUUGAAGGAUAAGAAAUAUCUUAAUCAAUUGAGUUUGAAGUGGGAGCAUGAUAAUGAUAAUGCACCAAAACAGAUGGAGGUACUUGACAAACUUCAACCUCAUACAAAUCUUGAGAAGCUGUAUAUUGAAGAUUAUGGAGGUACGAGUUUCCCAAAUUGGGUAGGGCAUCAUUCAUUUUCUCGUAUAGUAGAAGUGGAGUUAGGUGAUUGUAAAAAUUGUUACUGGUUACCUACGCUUGGACAGUUACCCUCUCUUACUAGUCUUCGCAUUGCAGGACUUGAUAUGGUGGAGAGAAUAGGUGAUGAAUUUUAUUGUAAUGGUUCUUCUUCCCACGCUAAGCCAUUCAAGUCUCUAGAAAUUUUAAGCUUUUCAAAUAUGUCACAAUGGAAAGAGUGGUCACAGUUUGAAGGUGAUGAAGAAGAUGGAGUUUUCUCACAUCUAAAAGAGCUUAGUUUUGGAUACUGUCCAAAGCUAAAUGGAGCUUGCUUACCUGAUUAUCUUCCAUCAGUGACAAAUCUUUACAUUUCUGGAUGCCACCAAUUGUUGGCUUCACUUGCAAGUGUUCGAUAUCCAUCACUUGGUUUCUUGAGAAUAUACGAUUGUCCAGAGCUGGAAUCAAUUCCGAAAUGGGGAUUGCCAUCUAACAUACAUAAGAUUUCAAUUCAUAGAUGCGAAAAGAUGGAGUCACUUUCGAAAGCGGGAUGGCCCCCAAAUUUAAAAUCACUUGAAAUUUUCCAAUGUGAAAAACUCUUUGCAAACUGCAUGCAGUGGAAUUUGGAAACACUGACCUCUCUUACAUCCUUAAAGAUCAGUGAGAUAGAUGCAGUGUUGAAUUCAUUUCCAGAAGAAGGACAACUUCCAGCCAAUUUGACUUUUCUUGAGCUAAACUCUCUUCGAAACCUUAAAUCCUUAAAUGGAAAGGCAUUACAACAGCUCAUCUCCCUUAAAGAAUUAAGGAUUUAUUGGUGUCACCAACUCCAGUGCAUGCCAGAAGAAGGACUUCCAAUUUCUCUUUCUCAGUUGGACGUCAAUCAAUGUGGUUUUCUAAAUCCACGGUGCCAGAGAGAUGUAGGAGAAGAUUGGCCUAAGAUUGCUCACAUCUCUCGCAUACAAAUAGAUGAUGAAGCCAUAUGAUGCGAAUUAAAAUGUCCUCUUAUAAUUUUUCAGAAGUUUUUGGAACAUUCCAAGGUCUGCAAACACUCAUCUCUGCCACAUUCUUGGGAAGUUUAGAUUCAUUUCCAGAGGGAGGGCAAUAAAAAUGAUAAGAGAAUUUCUUGUUUCUAUCAGCUGCAAUAGUGCUUACCAGAACAGGAGCUUUGCACUUCUAUUGUUUAUUUGACCAUCUACAAAUCAUGCAUGUCCUUUUUCUAUAAAUCAGUUUGGUAUUUAUAUGAUCAGCAUCAUGAAGAUGUGCCUCUGCUUCUCAUACAAAUGAAUUCUUAUAGUAAGACUUGCCCUUAUUUUAUUUUUCAAGCAGUCCAAAAUAUUUUGAUUUGAGACUUUUUUUGGCACUUGCAUUCUGAUUAAAAAGAAACACUGAGAUUCACACUCUUAAUAGCAUCUUUGGUUUUGAAUAUGUUGUGAAAUUAAUUAUUUAGAGAUGUGAAUACUCAAUGGGAAAAAAAAAAAAGUGAAAAAGAAAAAAAGAAAGAAAAAAACCAGUAGUGUCCAAAUCCAUGUAACAUGGAAUUAAUGUUGGGGCAGAUUUAAAGAAGAGAAAAUAAUAAUAAUAAUAAAAGAUAGGACACCUUUGUUUAUAUGCGCACAUCUAGAUAGGAUGAUCAGUUUAUCUUAUAUGUGUAUGUAACCAUUUCUUCAAAUUGCUUAUUUAUUUCCAUAGGAAGAAGGUUGCAACUUGUGCUGAGAACUUUUCCUAUUCUGAGACAAUCAUCCAGGGUAAACCAACAGUAAUAGUGGAAUGGUGAAAGGAUGCAUGCAAACCCGUGAGCUAAUCACUGGUUUCCUCAAGGGCACCCUAACUUGUAAGGUUUAAGUUUGUUUGUAAUUUCCUUGUACAUUGCAGUUUUGAGUUAAAGUGUAGACCUGAAUAGUUGUCCUUAUAUGGAUCGAGAUUAGUACUUCAUUUAACUGCUCAUGACAUUGAGUUUAACCAAUGUAUCUUGCACCAUAUAAAGUUUGCAUUAUUAAUUGCCCGUAUCUAUGAUUUUCUUUAGCAAACAUACCCCCUUAACCUUGUCUCCACUUUACAUAAUUUACAGCUUGAGUUUUGUAAAUCUUAAAGCAACAUGGUUGCCAGAAGAGUCAUUUUUGGUAUGAACCUGUAUCUACAGUUAUAUCAAUUGUGUCAACAAGGUUGCUAAGUACCUGUAUCUGUUUUCUUUGCCUUUACCAUCGAUAUGUAGACUUUUCUUAUGCAAAAGGAGCUUAUAACUUCCAUUUUAUUUUUAUUUCAACCUUCAAAUUUGAUAUAAAUAUAAAUUAUUUUAUAUGCUUCAUCUUUUCCAACCUAUUUCAUUAAUUGUUUGUUAUUGUUCAUUAAAAUCAUGAUAGGUUGCUUUGUUGCUGUUGACGUUACUUGUACCGGCAAAAUAUUGACUCUAGUACAGUGGCACUUGGUUUUUCGUUGAAAACUCAGGGUUUUGUUAUCUCAGAUUGGGAGGGCAAUGGCAGGGUUACCAGUCCACCACCACUUUCAAAGUUUCAAACUACCCGUACGCUGUCCAAGCAGCAACUCAGUAGAAGCAUCCUUUAGUCUAUAAUAUAAAUGAGAAGUGCUCUCAGAUUUUGGUCAUGUUUUACUGUUUAAAAUAGUAAAAAACGGCUGCUUCUCGAGUGUUUUGGCUUUUCUUUUCCUUUUUUUUUUU